AUGGCUUAUAUUAAUGUUGAAUUCCAGAUUCCUCUUCAAAAUAGAAUGUUUGUCGAACGACCUUGCGGUGAAAAUAUGGUCCACACUGAAUUAUGUUAUUACGACGUUACCUACAAUUUUAUAACAAAUUGUCGAAAAAUAUCAAAUUGUGUUUGCAUGAAUGGUUACUACCUUGAAAAUGGUUCAUGUUUGGAGCUACCGACGACAACCAUGGAUCCCGAAAAGGCCGCGAAUUUACAACGUUUAGCAAUGCGAAUUUUCUAA